AUGGUUCGCAAGGAUCCAAUCUUCGAAGCCCGGACUAAUGUCAAGUUACAUUCCAACCGGCUCAAAAAAGAGGCUUCUCGCGCAGAGUCCACCUUCAAAUCCGAGAAAGCCAAGGCCGACAAAGCCAUGAAAAACCGCGAAUUCCAAAUCGCUCGCAUCCAUGCCUCGUCCGCCGUGCGCGAAAAACGUCGACAGGUUACCCUGAGAGCGGAGGCCGCUCGGGCUGACGUGAUAAUCAAUGAGCUCAAGGCGGCACAGAGCACUCGCGACACUUCGAGGACGCUGGCGCUGGCGUCCCGGGGUCUGGACGCCGCAUCGAAGAGUGUCAAUCUUGAGCAUCUGGUCUCUCACGCGAACAACUUCCUGGCGCGCUCGGAAGAUUUCAAGAUCGCUAGUAGUGCUAUCGAGGAUGUCGCCUCGGGGAUUUCGAUGCAGGAAUACGGUGCGGAGGGAGAGACUGAUGUUGACCGUUUAAUGGAGCAACUUGCUGAUGACGCCGGCGUCGAUAUGCGAAUGGCUUUGGAAACAAACCCGGCUCCGAAGGAAGAUGUCAAAGAUCAGAAGCAGAGCGAGACAGAGCUCGAGGAUGGGCUGGGGGCAAGGCUACGUGCUCUUCGCGCGGCGAAUUAA